CCCACCUCGUGGCGCAAGCGUUGAUUGCAUUGAAUCCAAGGACUAUGCCGCCCCAGCUACUGCCGGUGGCCUUUGAGCUACUGCCGCCGUACAGCCCCAGCGUACCGGAUGGCGAGCGGCACAAGUACGACAGUGUACGGGUGCUGCUGGAGGAGUACUUCGUGCCGCAGCGGAAAAUUGUGCGCAACGCAGUCUACUGCGGCCGCAGCGGGGUCGACCCCACACGCAAGCUGGACGCGAGCACGAAAUAUGAGGCGUGCGCUGUCGCGGGUCUGUGGCUGGGGCCGGAGCUGGUGUGUGGCGCGGCGCUGCGACUCAACUUCCCGCCCACCUCCUGCGCGGGGCUGGGGCGGGCGCCGCCGGCCGAGGUGGCGGCGGCGCUGGUGGCGGGGCGGUGGCGGCCGCAGCUGCAGGUGCUCUUCAUGCGCACGGCUCCGGGCCACGGCCGCCGGGGCCUGGGGCGCUUGCUGUCGUGCCUCAUCGGCAGGCAGGCCGCACGCGCGCAACACGAGUUGGUGAGCGUGGCGAUGAGUGGCGAUGACGCCGCCCCAUUCUGGACGAAUGCGGGCUUUGCCGCACCGCCACUGCAGCCGCCGCAGCUGCCGCCCACUGCCAGCCUCCUGCACCGAGCCGAGGCGGCCCGGCGGGCGGCGGCGGCGCGGCGCGCGGUGACGGAUGGCGAGCCGCACGCGAUGCGGUGCGAGGUGUGGGUGCGGUCGCUACUGCCGCCGCUGCCGUCUGCAGAACCGAGUCACCGAGAGGAGCAGGAGGAGGGGGAGCUAGUGGGGGAGGGGGAAGAGGGAAGUGUGAUGGAGGACGCUGAUGAGGAGACGGAGGAAAGCGUGCCUGGAAAAGCUGCGCACACGCGACGGUUGGCACAGCAUCUGCUCCAAGCGCUGUCGCAUGCCAAGGAGCAGGUCCGCGCGGCUGCGGCGCAAGUGGUGGCCAAGUACCAACAAGCUGCGGCGGCUGCAGCGGCAGCAGCUGCGGCCGGCGAAACGCUGCUGGCGGCGGCAGGUACACAGGCGGUGCCGCCGCCGGAUGUGUCGCUGCUGCAGCUGGACGAGGCGGUGGCGGCCACAGACAUCGCGACGGCGGAUGCGGACGCAGCAGCUGUGGAGGCGACGCGGCCUGCGCAGCUUUACGCGUGUGCAGGGGCUGCGGUUUCUGCCCAUGCGGGUGAUGCAGCCCGCCGCGGGGCCAAGCGGAAAGCGGCAGGCCGCCGGCAGCAGCAGGAGGGUGAGAGCGCGGCAGUGGCUGGGACGGGGUCGAGCGGGGCUGUAGCAGCGGAGUUAGGCAGGGCCGUGGGUGCCGCGAGCGGCAGUCGGGGUGCUGCUGACGCACGCACUGUCACGACCAGCAGCUGUGGAAACAGCGCAGGGGCUUUGGACCCGUCGGAGGCUGCCGCAGCCGCCGAGUCCGCCGCCCCUGAAUCGCUGACGCCAGUGCAGCAACAGAGAAAGCGGCAGCGCCGGCAACAGCCGUCCCGCACCUCCACACCUGAAGCAGCGCCGGCACCGGCACCGGCACCGGCACCGGCAUCAGGGCUGGCCAGCCCUGUCAUGGCCCCACAGGUGGCGGCACCAGCCCCAGCCCGUACCGCAGUUCCCUGGACGAGCUCACGGCGGGUGGCAGCAGCUGCGGCGCCGCCGUCGCAGGACGACCGUGCCGCCGGCGGCGCACGCACGGCGCGGACGGCCGCACUUGGAACAGCAGCGGCGGCGCCCAUGCCGCUGCCUUCGCCAGCGGUGGCUAUCAGUGGGGCUGUGGACACCUCGUCCGUGUCUCUGAUCAGGUGGUGGGAGGAGCCGCCGGGCGGGCAGAACGCAGAGGAGCUCCGACAGCCACCCACACCAGCAGCCACCGCUGCCGCUGCCACCCGCCCGCCGACGCCUCAUGCCUCGCCGGUACUGCUGCUGCAACAGCCGGCCCGCAACAGUCCACGACUGCAGCGGCAUCCGCAUCUAACCCAGCCGCCGCAGCUGCCACCACAGCCGCCGCAACCUAUGCCACCGCUGCUGAAGCUGUCGCUGCAACAGGAGGAACAUCAGCGAGUGGAAGCCCCAGGGAGACUGUCAAGCCCACAUGGCGUAAGGCCGUGGCAGCCGUCGGCACAGCUGCAGGCCCAGACGCCGCCGACGCGGCCCGGUGGCGGCAGUGGGCGGGGCGUCGGCCCUGGUGGCUCGUUAACCUCAGCCCUGCUUGCCGCCGCGGGCUUUGGCCAAGCGCGCAGUGUGGGUCCUGGUGCUAGUGAUCCUGAGGACCAGGCGGCUUGUCAGCCGCCGCUGGAGCCGGAGCCGGAGCCGGAGCCGGACCUGGGGCUUGAGCUGGAGGAGGUGGCUGGGUUUGGCCGGGCACUGGUCGACCUGAUCGGCCGCUUUGAAGGCAUCGUGAAGCGCCAACACCGACAGCAACAAGAACACCAGCAGCAGCGCUGGCGGGACCAGGGGCAGAUGCAGCAGCCGAAGGCUGGGUGUGACGCAGAGCAGGCCGGGGCGCCGGCGGCGGCAGUGGCUGACGCCUGCACACAGCACGACACGGCUGUAGCAUGGGGCCGGAAGGCUGCAUCCCAGGCCGGGGCGCCGGUGGUGGCAAUGGCUGACGCCUGCACACAGCACGACACGGCUGUAGCAUGGGGCCGGAAGGCUGCAUCCCAGGCAGGGGCGCCGGUGGUGGCAAUGGCUGACGCCUGCACACAGUCAGACAAGGCUGUAGCAUGGGGCCGGGAGGCUGCAUCUCAGGCCGGGGCGCCGGUGGUGGCAAUGGCGGACGCCUGCACACAGUCCGACAAGGCAGCUGCUGCAGAUGAUCGGUUCAAGGAGGCUGCAGUGCAGGCAGGGCCAAGUGUGACGGAAUCGGGCACGUGCACAGCGGAGGGCGGGCCAGCAGGGGCCGUGGCGGUGGCGGCGGUGCGAGCUUGUGAUGAGCAGCUAGCCGCGAGCCGCACACCUGCUGACGCAGACGGCGAGAAAGCAGCAGCAGUGCGGUCUUCUGAUAGCGAUGGUUCGGUGGCUGUAGCUGCUGGAGACGCAGUGAUGACGGAAGGGCGCGAGGCGCCACCGCCGCCACCGCCCGCGCCACUGCUGCCGCCGCCCCCGCUAAAACCGCCACAGCCUUCACAAGCGCCACAGCCGCCGCGGCCACUCCAGCACUGUGGCCAGGUUGUUGAAGCGCCGCGCGCGGUUGAGCUCCGGGAUACGAAAGGCUCCGCCACGGCCACCCCCAAGCAGGAUGGCCAGCAGCAGGCGGCUGUGCAACGCAUGCAGGCAGCAGCCGGGCUCGCGCUGCUGGCGCCUGUGUCACCACCGUCAGCAGCUGCAGCAGGGGCGAGGGGCCCCCAAGGGAGCUCGCCUGUAACGCCGUCGACGGCUGCCGGCUGCCGGACUGCAGUUGCAAGCUAUGGCAGCUGCGGCGGCGGCGGUGCCAGCAGGGGUGGUGGCAGCGGCUCUGAGAGCGGCGGCUCCGCGAUACGUGAGGUAGACAACAGCGCCGGCGAAGGCCUGGCGGCAUUCUAUGAUGCGACGGAGGAGGCAGAGCAAGAGCAGGCACAGCGGGCCGAACGGCUGCUGAGGUGGGCGCGCUUGCGUGCUAACGCGGAGAAGCCAGCGGACCCAACGGCGGCAGCGGCGGCAGCGGAGCCAGCGCAGGCAGCGGUGGCGGCGCUAGGGCGGCCCUUGCAGCGGCCCAUGCCGCUACCGCCUCAGGUGCCUGCAUCGCCGCCGCCGCAGCUGUGUGGUAUCGGCAGCCCUGUCGCUGCAGCAGGCGCUGCGUUCGGCACCGAGGCACCGCCAGCGCCGGCACCGGCAGCCUGCCGCGAGGCUGGGGCCGCUGCGGUAGUGCCGCGGGGCGCUGGCGACCGUGCGGCGGCUGAUGGUGAGCAGCCAGGCGUCGAAAUGGCCGAGGAGGGGCCUCCUGACUCGACCCUUUCCGCCGGCGAAUGUGCGUCGGAUGGAACACCAGUGGCGGCACCCACCGCAAAGGGCUCGGCAUCCCUGCGGAAGGUGCUGGCGCGCAAGCUGGGCGUUCUUGGCAACACCAGCACCAGCAGCACCCGCUGCCGCCAGUCCCGGUGGGGUGCACCUGUUUCUGCUGCAAAGGCGCCGGAUGCUCCCCCGAAGACCCCGCAACCACAGCCGCAGCAGCCGCAGCACGUGUGGCUAGCGCAGAAUCUACUGGCGCUGCCGCAGCUGCCUGUGUUGCCACCUGCACCACCGGCGACUGCGUCAUCAGCCACCGCAGCGCCAGCGGCGCCGCGUCUGCAGCUGCAGGCAUCCUUUGAAGCGCCGUCGCCCUCGCGAGCAUCAGCUGCCUUGGUCGCUUCGACUGCACAUGGCACCGCAGCCGCCGGCCCUGACGCCAGCGCCACCGCCGGGCAAGGGGAAGCCGCGCCCCGGUGCUCCGAGCCGGUGGUGACGGGCGUGCUGCACCCGCGAAGAGGCCUGGGACUUGCGCGCGGCACCCAAGCCAGCAGCAGCACCAGCAGCCGGCGCGGGUCGCGGUGGGGCUCACCGCCACCGCCGGCUGCGACCGCAGGGUCCGCCGCCGCGGCGCCCCUUGCCCCUCCACCGCACUCACCGGCACGAGCCCCGUUGGGCCAUACCGCAGGUGACGGUGGCGUGCCUGUACUGACCCCGACCAGGGUGUCUGACGGACCGCGAGCGGCAGAGCAGCGCGCUCCGCAACCGCUGCAGCCGCAGGCAGGCGGUCCUCCCUUGCCGCCGUCACACCAACGCCCGGAGCUUACCGCGGAGGUGGCGUGCUUGGCACGCGCAGCAACCGUGACCACCUGCCAUCCCACCAGCGUGACUUGGGCGGCGGCGGGUGCCGCCGGUCCUAAUGUGGACGCGUCUGCGGGCACAGCAGCUGCUGCGCCGCAUGCUGGGAAUGGGACUGAGCGUGGCGGCGCCGCGGCGCCUGCCGAUGUUGGCGAGGUGUCGGGUGGCGGCGGCGGCGGCGGCGGCGUGAUACCGGUAGCUGUAGACCGCCCUGUCGUCACUGUAGGCGCUGGCAGCAGUCACAACAACCGGCCGGGGCCUAGCCUUGCCGGGGGCGGGCAGCUUCGCAGCCCCGCCGCUCCCAAGGUUCUGGCGCCGGCACCUGCGGCAGCGACGGUGGCUGCGGAAUGCCGAGAGGGGCCGCCUAUCGAACGCAGCAGCCCGGCACGUGUGCAGCAGGCAGCGGCCGCAACACCGCGGCCGCUGUCUGGGGCUGCACCGGGUGCAGCGGCCGUGCCUGCUGCUGCUGCUGCUGCUGCUGCUGCUGCUGCUGCUGCUGCUGCUGCUGCUGCCGCCGAGGUGGUUGGAGUGCGGGGCACCGGCAAGGCCGUGUCAGACAGAGGCCGAGUUGUCCGCGAGUCCGGGGGUCCGCGCAGCCGGGGGUCCUGCGCGCAGCCCUGUUCGGGCCCCGCGCAUGAGGGUCACCAGAGCCCGCGCCACAGCCUAAAGCGCAGCCGGAGCCACAGCCACAGCCAUAGCCGGAGCCGGAGCCGGAGCCGGAGCCGGAGCCGGAGCCGGAGCCGGAGCCGGAGCCGGAGCCGGAGCCGGAGCCGGAGCCGGAGCCAGGGCCGGAGUCGGGGCCGGAGCCGGGACCGAGGCAAGGGUCAGGACUGGACAGUGGGUCAAGCCCUCGUAUGGAAGCGGCGCAAGAGUCUGAGCGGCAGCCGCGGCCACAGCCGCGGCCGCAGCCCCCCAGGGGUUCGGGCCGAAAGCCGGGCCCAGGAGGGGCUCGACCGGCGAGGCCGAAGCGCUGGAGGCAGCCAGGGGCGCCCGCGCAGCGCGAGCCGGGGCCGGCCUCGCGACCGGAGUCGCAGCCGGAAUGUGGAGUGGCAGUGCCGCCGCAGCCCCGGCGGCCGUCGGGAGGAGAGCCGUAGGCGGGGCCCGGAUGCCGACCAGGCCCAGCAGCAGGGCGGGAGCCGAGGGGCCGGGGGCGGGCGCAGCAGCAGCCGUGACGGGCAGAGGGGCAGUGGGAGCAGCCGGAGUCCGAGCCGGGGGCAACAGCAGCAGACACAGCCGCCGGCGGUGCUGCGGCCUGACAGCGCUCCGACCACCGGUGUAGAGGCGACAAGUCAGCAUGGGGAGCGGGAGCAGAGCUACCAGGUGCUGAGCUACCUCAGUCCCGAGCUGGUGUCGAGAUCGGCGAGAGGCGAUUUCUCCUGGCUUGGUGUGAAGAAAGGUCUUCAGGGGGGCAUCACUUACCAGCGCAGCUGGCAGGAGGGGCUCUACGCUCCAGGUAUUGCCUGCGUCCUUGUCAAGCUGGUCGGCGACGUGACGCAUGCGGCACUGUUCCGCAACGCUAGGAUGCUUCGGCAAACGCGGGGGGUGAAGAUUGCGCCCUUCCUUGCGCCAGAGGUGCGGGCGCUUCGAGACCAGCGCAUGAACCAGUACAUCGCACUGCAGUGCGCGGGCUUGAAGCCCAAGUGGGACGGAGUGACGGCAAACCUUAGUAUCCUAAACGGGCGAGGCGCGCGAGUACUGUACCAGUUCUAAGUAAGGACGCGGGACCUGCAUCGCCGGUGGCCGGAAAUGGUAAAGUGUGGGGGUGUCGGCGGGUGUGUGGGUCCCCACCAGGUGGCUGGAGCCGUGUCUGCGGGAUGUGUGAGUGCACCUGCAUCUGCGGCGGGGCAAGGCGCCGCUGGAAGUUUAUCCGAUGUACAAUAUGUGCUGGGGUGCGGUUUGGGGUGCGGUUGCAGUCGGCUGGACAGUACGGCAUGAGUCGGUAAGGUGUGGAUGAAUCGCCCAUAGCAUGGAGCGGCGGGUGGCAAGUGGCGGCGGCUUGCAGCGCUGGAAGGUGCAUCAUGGUACAUGGUGCAUGGUACAUGGUACGGGUAGGCAGGGGCUCGGUUCGCGAGGCGCGCGGCACGGUGGCCAUGCAAAUACGUUCGAAGGGGAAUAUUAAGUUGCACAAUUGGGUCCAUACAUUUAACAUGUUAUACAUCAGUACUACAGGCGCCCGGCAUCAACCAAUGUCAGCAACCACACCUCAUGAGGUCAGCAACAUUCACUCAGAUUAAGUGCUGCGCCAUGCAUGUGCGCACACACACGCUCAUGGCUUAUGCCGAUCCUGAUUUGCGGGGAUGCCAAAGGCCCCCAACAUAGAGGCGUGUGCAAUUUGCGUGUGCUUAAUAGGCGCUCGCGUCAAGGUGGCUGGGUUAAUAACGACCCGGGAGGGGAGGGCUCAGCCCUUUUCCUGCCUCCCUAAGGCAGCCACCUCCUCGUUACCCAUGUAUGGUUGCGACGCCAGGGCGCACCCCUGUGCCCCGACGCAAACAAGCAAGCGGCUGCAUCUCAAUGCACCAUAAGCCAUAAGUAAAGGAAAGUACGACGCACGCAACAUGCGCGUCAGAUCACGUCUACGGGAUGGAACAUUUUGCUGCAUGGAUAUGUAGGGACAUG